AGGAAAUCCACGGUAGACUUUGUCCUCCAACCCCCCUCCGUCCCGCCCAUCUCCCAACGAUCCAAGCACACCCCCAAUAUCCUUCCCCGUUCGGCAUUCACCAAACCCCCAACAUCCCCCAUCCAAACACCCUUCAACCCUUCAAAAAACCUUCGCGGAGACUCAGCGCCAAGAAACUCCGGCGUGGCGCAGCGUCAUUUACCAUAUCCGAAUAUAGCUACAACAACACGCAUCCAAGCCACACUGCUGAUGAAAGUUUCGCCCGUCUGCCGGUCGCUUUUAAAAUUCCUCGUCGUUGUCGUGGUUGUCAUCGUCAUUUUGGUUUUGGGGUCAUUCGAAGAGAUUUUGUUUUUUUGCUCUGUUCUGCCCGUCUCCAACGCAUCUCCCCCUCGUCACUGAAUAGAGUUUGACAUAAUAUGAUUGCUGCCAACACACCUGACACCACAAUGACUAUCCCAACGCUCGAGUACACUCCGGUGGACAAGAUUGAAAAGAUUGUCGAAACCGUUCGUCAAGGAUACAACACAGAUGUCACCAAAAGUAUCAAAUGGCGAAAACAACAGCUCCGGCAGCUCUACAAAAUGCUAGACGAGAAUGAGGACAUUUUGUGUCAAGCGGCAUACCUGGACAAGAAGCAGUCUGCCGGCGAAGCCUUUCUUGUUGACUUGAUGGUCUUGAAGAAUGAAGUCGUGGAUGCGUUGGAGAAUCUUGACGAAUGGAUAAAGCCGGAGCGUGUGAACGCUGGUCUCGUGCAUGCCUUGGACCGCUGUGAGAUCAGACGGGAACCAUUUGGUGUGGCGUUGAUCAUUGGUGCUUGGAACUAUGCGUAUCAACUCACCUUGGGACCUUUUAUGGCUGCUAUUGCGGCUGGAAACGCUGCGGUGAUCAAGCCAUCAGAGGUCGCCCCCUUUUCGGCAGCUGUCAUGACUCUCCUCGUUGAAAAGUACCUUGAUCCCAACUGUAUCCGCGUCGUCAACGGUGGCGUUCCAGAGACCACGCGCCUCCUUGAAUUGCAGUUUGAUCACAUCUUUUACACUGGCAACGGAAUGGUUGGCAAGAUUGUCAUGGCUGCCGCUAGCAAGCAUCUUACUCCCGUUGUCUUGGAACUCGGUGGAAAGAGCCCAGUCAUUAUCGAUGAUACCGCUGAUGCCCAAGUUGUUGCAAAGAGACUCAUGUGGGCCAAAUCAGUCAACUGUGGACAGACUUGCAUUGCACCAGAUUACGUCCUUGCUACCCCGGACGUCCUCCCCAAAUUUGUCUCCGCUUGCUCGGCGGCCCUCAACGAACUCUAUGGCGAGAAGAUCCGUUCAAGUAAAGAUUACCCUCGUAUCAUUGCCGAACGCCACUUUGACAGACUCGCCGGCUUGCUUAGCGAACAGCUCAAAGUUCCCGGGAGCAAAGUCGCCGUGGGAGGAUUCUGCGAUCGGAAUGAGUUAUUCAUUGAGCCGACGGUCGUCACCGGUGUUGGCAAAGAUGACUCUGCCAACCCUCUUAUGAAGGAUGAGAUCUUUGGUCCCAUUUUGCCGGUCAUUGAGAUCAAGAAUAUAGAUGAGGCCAUUGAAUAUGUUAGGUCUAGGGACAAGCCUCUUGCGUUGUACGUGUUUUCUAAAUCUGACAAGACAAUCUCUACGGUUCUUUCCAAAACGGACUCUGGAAACACCGUCGUAAACGAUUUGUUCAUGAACAUGGCGGUGGGUGAACUGCCUUUCGGAGGUGUUGGUCCUUCUGGGAUGGGAAAAUACCACGGACAUCAUGGGUUCCUCGCCUACACUCAUCCCCGUUCAACCAUGAUUCGUCCAGCUGGGUUGGAGAAACUUGUAUCGAUACGAUACCCUCCUCUGGCCUACAGUGCCACAGGACGCAAAAUAGUCGGAAUGCUCCUUGAGAAGAAACUCCGGGGUCCAGCUGCACAGACUGUUGUGUCCUUUUUGAAAAAGUUACCUUGGAACCUCGUAUGGUGGUUGGCAUGUGUGGCUGUUGGUGUUGUUAUUGGGUACUUUGGAAGAGGUAGAGCGUGACGGGACUUUCAAGCUUCAUUUUGUGCGUGCAAGUUGCUUCAUAUGUUUCUUAGUUUGGUCCGUUUGGCUGGUCUGAGCGGGAAGACCUCAUUUCAUAGCUUGCGUUUCGAACGCAGCCAUUUUGUAUUCCUAUAGUUUUGAAUAUUAUAUCUCCAUUUACAUUCUGACA